AUGGCCGCGCACGGGAAGCUGCGUAGGGAGCGGGGACCGCAGGCCGAGUAUGAGGCGCAAGUGAAAGAGAUCCGCUGGCAACUGGGCGAGCAGCUGCGCUGUCUGGAGCUGCAGGGCGAGCUGCGGCGGGAGCUGCUGCAGGAACUGGCUGAGUUCAUGCGGCGCCGGGCGGACGUGGAGCUCGAGUACUCACGGGGCCUGGACAAGCUGGCCGAACGCUUUGCUGGUAGAGGUGGCCGUCUAGGCAGCAGCCGAGAGCACCAAAGCUUCCGGAAGGAGCCAUCCCUCCUGUCGCCCUUGCACUGCUGGGCUGUGUUGCUGCAGCAGACGAGGCAGCAGAGCCGGGAGCACGCAGCCCUCAGUGAGGUGCUGGCCGGGCCCUUGGUUCAGCGCCUGGCCCAUCUUGCGGAGGACGUGGGACGCAUAGUCAGGAAGAGUAAGGAGCUGGAGCAGCGGCUGCAGGAGGAGCUCCUGGAGGUGGUCUAUGAGCUGCAGACGGCCAGGAAGACAUACCAGGUGUACCGCACAGAAAGUGUGAACGCAGAGAGCAAGCUGCGAGAGGCCGAGCGCCAGGAGGAGAAGCGAGCUGGCCGGAGCGCCACCGCCACCACCACUGCUGGCCCUGAGGCUGGGCCCUCCCGGAAGAGCUCUCUAAAGAAGGGAGGGCGGCUGGUGGAGAAGCGCCAGGCCAAGUUCCUGGAGCACAAGCUCAAGUGCACAAAGGCCCGGAACGAGUACCUGCUCAGUCUGGCCAGUGUGAACGCCGCAGUCAGGAACUACUACUUGCAGGAUGUGCUGGACCUAAUAGAUUGCUGUGACACAGGGUUCCACCUGGCCCUGGGCCAGGUGCUUCGCAGCUAUACGGGGGCUGAGAGCCGCAGCCAGGCCUCCCAGAUGCAGGGCCUCAGCAGUCUGGAGGAGGCUGUAGAGUCCCUGGACCCUCCGGGGGACAAGGCCAAGGUGCUCGAGGUGCAUGCAGAGGCCUUCUGUCCGCCGCUGCGUUUUGACUACCAGCCCCAUGAAGGGGAUGAGGUGUCUGAGGUCCAGGUGGAAAUGGAGCUUCGGGAUGAGAUUGUGCCCAGAGCCCAGAAUAUCCAGAGCCGCCUAGGCCGACAAACCAUCGAGACGGAGGAGGUGAACAAGACGCUGAAGGCCACGCUGCAGGCUCUUCUGGACCUUGUGGCAUUGGAUGACGGUGACGGACUUGACUCACUCCAGGCCAGUCCCUCCACCGAGUCUCUCAAAUCCACGGGCUCAGACCCAGGGGCUCGGCAAAUGGGCCGGAAGCGGGGCCAACAGCAGGAGACAGAAACCUUCUAUGUCACGAAGCUGCAGGAAUACCUGAGUGGCCGGAGUGUCCUUGCCAAGCUGCAGGCCAAACACGAGCAACUGCAGGAGGCAAUCCAGAGAGGUGACAAGGAGGAGCAGAUGUCCUGGGCCCAGUACUCACAGAGGAAGGUCCAGAGGGUGCGGCGCCCUCGGCCCAGUUCUCAGUACAACCAGAAGCUCUUUGGAGGAGACAUGGAGAAGUUCAUCCAGAGCUCUGGCCAGCCCGUGCCCCUCGUGGUGGAGAGCUGUGUCCGCUUCAUUAACCUCAAUGGCCUCCAGCAUGAAGGCAUCUUCCGGGUGUCGGGGGCCCAGCCCCGGAUCUCGGAGAUCCGUGACGCCUUUGAGAGAGGCGAGGACCCCCUGGUCGAAGGCUGUGGUGUCCAGGACCUGGACUCCGUGGCUGGGGUGCUGAAGCUCUAUUUCCGGGGUCUUGAGCCUCCGCUCUUCCCCCCGGACCUGUUCAGUGAGUUCCUGGCGCCCGCAGAGCGGGAGGAUGCGGCCGAGUGGGCCGAGCCAGUGAGCCGCCUGCUGGGCCAGCUGCCUGGGCCGGUGCUGGUGGUCCUGCGGUACCUGUUCACCUUCCUCAACCACCUGGCCCAGUACAGCGACGAGAACAUGAUGGACCCCUACAACCUGGCUGUGUGCUUCGGGCCCACGCUGCUGCCUGUGCCUGCCGGCCAGGACCCCGUGGCCUUGCAGGGCCGCCUCAAUCGACUGGUGCAGACGCUGAUCCUGCAGCCAGAGAAGGUCUUCCCGCCGCCGGCGGAGCUGCCGGGCCCUGUCUAUGAGAAGUGCAUGGCACCACCCUCGGCCAGCUGUUUGGGAGACACCCAGCUGGACAGCAUGGCUGGGGAGCACGAGCUAGAGUUCGAGGCUGAGGCCCUGGCUCAGGAGGAAGACCUGGAGGGGGUUCUGGAGGCUGUGGCCUGCUUUGCCUACGCGGGCCGGACAGCACAGGAGCUGACCUUCCAGCGGGGUGACGUCCUGCAGCUGCAUGCCCGCGCCUCGGGGGACUGGUGGUGGGGAGAGCACAAAGGCAGGCAGGGACUCGUCCCCCACAAGUACAUCACGCUUCCAGUGGCUGGGUGAGUGAGAGGGCCGGGGGCUGCCGCUGCCCUGCUAGGCACUGUCACAUCACCUUGGGAGGGUCAUCUCCCACGUGUACCCUGCAGGUCAGAGCUGAGCACCCCACCUGAGAUCACGGGCACUUCCAGGCACAGACGGAAGUGCCUGGUCCCAGCCUCCCCGGACGGACACCCGGAGGUGGAGAAAAGCAUGGUGCAAGCCAUGGACUCCGUGUUCAAGGAACUCUUGGGAAAGGCUGCUGUCCGCCAGGGCCCUGGGCAGGCAGCCCCCAGCUCCCUCAGCUUCAGCCGCCCUGGCAAGAACAAAAGCUUCCCCCGAGGCCCUGGUGCCCCAGCUUCCUCCUCAGUCUCCCAUCCCCAGGGUUCUGACUGCAUUGUCAAGCCACAGUGA